ACUCGGGUGUGACGUCAUCUCGGCUCCGACUUCCGGGGUUCUGCCCAUUCCCAUCAUUGCUACUUCCGCUUCCGGGUCGCGCCCCCUCUAAUCCUACCGGCUUCGUAAGCGUUUAGUUUGUAGCCUGUUAUUAGUCGGUCUACGUUUGUGACCGGAUAGUGCAGUUAUGGAUGUGGGCAGCACAAGACGUGAAGCAUUUUGAUAUGUCUCCAAAAUACCAGAAGCCAGUCUAUUAAGAGGCGACGCACCCGGUCAGCGUUCAUCUCGGGGUGUCGUUUCGGUCUUGCCGGUGCACCUAAAAUUGCCUCGCCGGCUUCCCCGCGCUUACCGGGUCACGACGAAGGCCGACCAAACCUAUCCGGACUUAUCAGGUACGGGGUUACUGUGGUAGUCGAAAAGCCGAAGCGGGGGGCGAUUCGCUGGGCCGGAGCACCAGGCCGCUUUCAAGUUACUUUCGACUUUGCUUUAGUCACUUUCUGGAAACAGAUCGUCCUGUCCAGGUUGGAAUUUUUAAAAAGUGUGGAUAGAAAUGGCUUUCAAGAAGAAAAGGGGUAUUCCGGACAGGUGGACUGACUACCAGGCCCUGGGGAAACGGAUCCCUGGGACACGAUUCAUCGCCUUUAAGGUUCCUCUUCAGCAGUCCCUAAUAAGACUCCUGCCUGCCUUUGAGGCCUUUGGGCCUUCAGAACUGCUGCAUCUGCUGGAAGAAGACAAACAGGAACUGGGCCUCAUCAUUGACCUUACAUUCACCACACGAUACUACAAGCCUCAGGACCUCCCCCCAAGUGUGCAGUACCUGAAGAUCUACACCGCCGGACAUGAGGUACCAAGCGACUCAGUCAUCCUGAACUUCAAACGAGCAGUGCGAGCCUUUCUUCGGGAGAAUGAUGGCAAUGAGAAGUUGAUCGGAGUUCACUGUACCCAUGGACUGAACCGAACGGGUUACCUGGUCUGCAGGUACCUCAUUGACGUUGAUGGGAUGGACCCGGGCAAAGCUAUAGAAUUGUUCAAUAGGUGCAGGGGCCACUCCAUAGAGCGGGAGAAUUACCUCCAGGACCUGCGUUGUGGGCCGAAAAGAAGUAACCAGGGUAUGGAAGACCCGGAGCAGGAGCCUGUCCAGGGAAAAGCAAACCUAUGGAGAGCACGUUCACCCCAAACCUGCCCCCCAAGGCUCCCCCAGCAGACUCCUAGGCUGUGGGCCCCCAGCAGUCCCCUUUUGCCCGUUCUGCCGCCAGGUCCACUAUUCCCGAUGCCAACUACAGAACUCCUCCGCUUCGAGCCACAUUGGAGGAGAGGGCCACCGUUACACCCAUAUAGCCCAUUUCCGUACCCAGUGCUGCCCCGCUAUUCGUGGUCGGGACCUAGCGGACCUUUUCCACCUGUUCCUUUGGAUGAGCCGCAGAGACAUCGUACAACUGGCCGCGCGAAGCACCGGCAGAGGAAACGGCAUUGAUGGGGAGACUGUGGUACCACUGACCAGGACCACUGACAGAUCCUUGUGCUGUGCCUCUUCUCAAUGAGUAGUAUGAUUGUGGAGCUUCACUCAAAAGGUCUGGAGAUUUUGUAUUGUUCCUGAAGACCAGAGUGGAGUGGUUCUUUGAAAGGGUAUCCAACUUCCUUUGGUCUAUUUUUAGACCAUUAAUUGCUUAAUAUAUUUAAUUUUACUGCAUGUAAAACUGCUUAUCAAAUGGAUUUGGAUUAUUUGCAGUGCCAAGUAUUUGGAGAAUACCUGCUUUUUACAAAAAUGUUGGAAUUAGGAUUUUUGGUCUUAAUGGAAUGUUUGCAAAGUGCUUAAUUUUAAAUUGUAAAUGAUCAUAUCAAUAUACGAUUCUUUUUAAUGGACUUCAGCUGUUUAUCUGGAACAUGUAAAAAAUAGUUUAAUCUGGUAAUAUGCGAAUGCCGUACAGGUCUUUGGACACAUCUCCUCUUCAGUUAUCCAGUGUGUGCAGGUAUAACUAAGGUUUUACUUUUUACAUGGUUGACUACUCUGAACAAGUAAGACUUCUGCUCUUUCGUUAAGUGUAGUCUGUGACUAUGGGAUACUAACAAAUAAAACCCACUCUUCAGUAA